AGAAGCAUUAGGGUGAUGGCCAGAGUAGGGGCUGAUUUCCCUACCAUGUGUGGCAUCAUUUCUGGGACUUUAGUUACAUCACCUGGAGGGAAGCCAAGCUCCAUCCGAGGCUCCCCGGGCAGCUCCUGCUCCGAGCCUGGGGCUGCGGACAGCCUGGGAAGCUGGCCCCCCCUGCCCUCCAGGCCCUCGGCUCACCUCCCUUCUUCUGCCAGCAGCAUCUCUAACAAGGAGUUGUCAGAGCUGAUCGAGCAGCUGCAGAAGAAUGCCGACCAGGUGGAGAGGAACAUCGUGGACACAGAGGCCAAGAUGCAGAGCGACCUGGCCCGGCUGCAGGAGGGCCAGCAGCCUGAGCACCGGGACGUGGCCCUGCAGAAGGUGUCAGACUCGGAGAAGCUGCUGUAUGUGCUGGAGGCGGACGCGGCCAUCGCCAAGCACAUGAAGCACCCCCAGGGGGACAUGAUCGCCGAAGACAUCCGUCAGCUGAGGGAACGUGUGACCAACCUCCAUGUGAAACACAAGCAGAUCUACAACCUGGCAGUGAAGGAGGUGGACCCACAGGUCAACUGGGAGGCGCUGGUGGAGGAAAAGCUGGACAAGCUGAGCAGCCAGGGCUUUGGGACGGACCUGCCGCUGGUGGACCACCAGGUGGAGCAGCACAACAUCUUCCACAAUGAGGUCAAGGCCAUCGGGCCCCACCUGGCCAAGGAUGGAGGCAAGGAGCAGAACAGCGAACUCCAGGCCAAGUACCAGAAGCUGCUGGCGGCGUCCCAGGCGCGGCAGGAGCACCUGAGCUCGCUGCAGGACUACAUGCAGCGCUGCACCAACGAGCUGUACUGGCUGGACCAGCAGGCCCGGGGCCGCAUGCAGUACGACUGGAGUGACCACAACCUCGACUACCCCAGUCGCCGGCGGCAGUACGAGAAUUUCAUCAACCGGAACCUGGAGGCCAAAGAGGAGAGAAUCAACAAGCUGCACAGCGAGGGUGACCAGCUGCUCGCAGCCGAGCAUCCCGGGAGGAACUCCAUUGAGGCUCACAUGGAGGCAGUGCACGCAGACUGGAAGGAGUAUCUGAACCUGCUUAUCUGUGAGGAGAGCCACCUGAAGUAUAUGGAAGACUACCACCAGUUCCACAAAGACGUGAAGGACGCCCAGGAGCUGCUGUGCAAGGUGGACUCGGACCUGAACCAGAAGUACAGCCCUGACUUCAAAGACCGAUACCAGAUUGAGUUGCUGCUGCGGGAGCUGGAUGACCAGGAGAAGGCUCUGGACAAGUACGAGCACGUGGUACGGGGCCUGCAGAAGCGAGGGCAGCAGGUGGUGCCCCUCAAGUACCGCCGGGAGACGCCACUGCAACCCAUCCCCGUGGAGGCCCUCUGUGACUUUGAGGGUGACCAGGGCCUGAUCUCUCGGGGCUACAGCUACACCCUGCAGAGGAACAACGGGGAGAGCUGGGACCUCACGGACAGCGCAGGGAACGAGCUGACUGCCCCAGCCGUCUGCUUCAUGAUCCCCCCCACUGACCCCGAGGCCCUGGCUCUGGCCGACAGCCUGGGCAGCCAGUACCAGAGCCUGCGGCAGAAGGCGGCCGGGAGCAGAAGCGCACUCCAGCAGCGGCAAGAGGUGCUGAAGGCAGAGAGCCUUGGAGAUGCCUCCGACCUCCAGGGGCGGCAGCUGCUGGCUGCUUUGGACAAGGUGGCCAGUGACCUGGACCGGCAGGAGAAGGCCAUCACGGGGCUCCUGCGGCCACCGCUGGAGCAGGGCCGGGCCGUGCAGGACAGUGCCGAGCGGGCCAAGCACCUCAAGAACAUCACCAACGAGCUGCUGCGGAUCGAGCCCGAGAAGGCACGCAGCACAGCCGAGGGCGAGGCGUUUGUGCGGGCCCUCGCGGACGGUGGCAGCGCGGCCCUGCUGAGGACGCGGGUGGAGGACACACACCGCAGAUACGAGCACCUGGUGCAGCUGCUGGACGUGGCCCAGGAAAAGGUCGACAUUGCCAACCGUCUGGAGAAGAGCCUGCAGCAGGGCCGGGAGGUGCUGGCCAUGUACGAGAACCAGCUGGCCCAGGAGGACACGGUGCCCGAGAGUGGCCGUGCCCUGGACAGCAAGAGGCAGGAGUUGGCGGCCAUGGCCUCCGAGCUGCAGACCCAGAAGGCCCUCCUCGGGGAGGUGGAGCGGAACCUGCAGGCGGCCAAGCAGUGCUCCAGCUCGCUGGCCAGCCGCUUCCAGGAGCACUGCCCGGACCUGGAGCGCCAGGAGGCCGAAGUGCACAAGCUGGGCCAGCGCUUUGACAACCUCUGCCGGCAGGUUGAGCUCAGGGCCCGGAGCCUGCAGAGCGCCCAGGCUGCCCACGGUGACUUCCGCAGCAGCCGCGACCGCCUGCUCCAGUUCCUGUCCCGCAUCCCCAGCUAUGAGCCCCAGGAGACAGACAGCCUUGGCCAGAUGGAGACCAAGCUCAACAACCAGAAGAACCUGCUAGAUGAAAUAGCAAGAAGGGAACAGGAAGUCCAGCAAGUCCAUGCCCACUCGCAGCAGUACCAGCAGGCCGUCAAGGACUACGAGUUAGAAGUGGAGAAACUAAGGUCCCUUCUCGACUUGGAGAAUGGAAGGAGCAGCCAUGUGAGCAAGAGGGCCAGGCUCCAGUCCCCUGCCACCAAAGUGAGGGAAGAGGAAGCGGCUCUUGCCGCCAAGUUCACUGAAGUUAAUGCCAUCAGCAGACAGAGGCUGCAGAACCUGGAGUUUGCACAGAAUCUCCUGAGACAGCAGCCGGAGGCAGGUGUGAGCCACGAGGCCCUGCCCGGGAGCAAGCCGGGCUUGGGAGCGGAGGAGACGUGGAAGAUUCGGAAGGAGCUGGACGAGGAGACCGAGCGGAGACAGCAGCUGGAGAACGAGGUCGAGAGCGCCCGGGAGGAGAUCCGGGCUCUGCAGAACCAGAGCCCCCAGGAAGCGGUGGUGAGGAAGGAGGUGCUCAAGAGGGUGCCGGAUCCCGCGCUGGAGGAGAGCUUCCAGCAGACGCAGCGGACCCUGGCGGAGGAGCAGCGCAAGAACCGGCUGCUGCAGGAGGAGCUGGAGGCGCUGCAGCUGCGGCUGCGCGGCCUGGAGCAGGAGGCCAGGGACGGCGGGCAGGAAUACGUGGUCAAGGAGGUUCUGCGCAUUGCGCCGGACCGAGCCCAGGCCGACGAGGUCCUGAGGCUGAGGGAGGAGCUGGAGGAGCUGCGGCGGCAGAAGGGCACCCGGGAGGCCGAGGCCCUCCUCCUGCAGCAGCGCAUCGCGGCCCUGGCCCAGGAGAAGAACCGGGCGCAGGAGAAGGUCACGGAGAAGGAGGUGGUGAAGCUGCAGAACGACCCCCAGCUGGAGGCGGAGUACCAGCAGCUGCAGGAGGCCCAGCAGCGGGAGAGCCAGCUGAGGGAGAAGCAGGAGGAGGAGCUGAGCUUCCUCCAGGACAAGCUGAAGAGGCUGGAGAAGGAGCGGGCCAUGGCCGAGGGCAAAAUCACCGUCAAGGAGGUGCUCAGGGUGGAAAAGGACGUGGCAACUGAGAGGGAGGUGGGCAACCUCCAACGCCAGUACGAGGAUGAGGCUGCCAAGGUUCGCGCCAACCAGAGGGAGAAGACGGAGCUGCUCCGAAAGAUCUGGGCAUUGGAGGAGGAAAACGCCAAAGUGGUCGUGCAGGAGAAAGUGCGGGAGAUCGUCCGGCCAGACCCCAAGGUGGAGAGCGAGGUGGCCAAUCUCCGCCUGGAGCUGGUCGAGCAGGAACGCAAGUACCGGAGGGCCGAGGAGCAGCUGAAGAGCUACCAGAGCGAGCUGGAGGCGCUCCGGAGGCGGGGCCCCCAGGUGGAAGUCAAGGAGGUGACUAAGGAAGUCAUCAAGUACAAGACUGACCCCGAGAUGGAGAAAGAGCUUCAGAGAUUCAGGGAGGAGAUUGUCGACAAGACCAGGCUCAUCGAGAGGUGCGACCUGGAGAUCUACCAGCUGAAGCAAGAGAUCCAGUCCCUGAAAGACACCAAACCGCAGGUGCAGACCAAGGAGGUGGUCCAGGAGAUCGUGGAGUUCCAGGAAGACCCCCAAACCAAAGAGGAGGUGGAGUCUUUGAGGGCCCGGCUGUCAGAGGAACAGAAGAAGCAAGUGGACCUGGAGAGGGAGAGGGCGUCCCAAGAGGAGAAAAUCAAACAGAAGGAGGAGGAGCUUUCCCAGGUGAAGGAGAAGGUGGUCCAACAGGAAGUCGUCAGGUACGAGGAGGAGCCAGGCCUGCGGGCUGACGUAAGCGCCUUCACCGAGAGCAUCGAUGCCGAGCUGCGGCAGAUUGACAGCCUCCGCGGGGAGCUGCGGCGGCUACAGCGCCGGCGCGUCGAGCUGGAGAGGCAGCUGCAGGAGCUGGAGCGCGAGCGGCAGGCGCGCAGGGAGGCCGAGCUGGAGGUGCAGCGCCUGAAGCAGCGGCUGGCCCAGCUGGAGGAGGAGGGCGGGGAGGCCCGGGAGAAGGUGACCCUCAAGCAGAAAGGUGGUGCUGCAGCAGGACCCCCAGCAGGCCCGGGAGCACGCCCUGCUGUCGCUGCAGCUGGAGGAGGAGCGGCACCGGCGGGCAGGGUCCNGGAGAGCGAGCUGGAGACCCUGAGGAGGAAGCUGGAGCAGCUGGAGAAGAUGGAGGUCAAGGAGAAGGUGGUCUUCUCCGAGAGCGUCCAGGUGGAGAGAGGGGACACCGAGCAGGAGAUCCAGAAGCUCAGGAGCAGCCUGGAGGAGGAGAGCCGGAGCAAGCGGGAGCUGGAUGCGGAGGUGAGCCGGCUGGAGGCCAAGCUGUCGGAGCUGGAGUUCUCCAACUCCAAGUCGUCCAAGGAACUGGACUUCCUCAGGGAAGAAAACCACAAACUGCAGCUGGAGCGGCAGAGCCUGCAGCUGGAGACCCGCAGGCUGCAGUCGGAAAUCGAGAUGGCGGCGGCGGAGACUCGGGACCUGUGGAGCGUGACGGGGUCGGCGGUGGACCCCGGAGCGCAGCUCGACUCCAGGCUGUGGUCCCUGGAGCGGGAGCUGGAGGACCUCAGGAGGCUCUCCAGAGACAAAGACCUGGAGAUCGAUGAGCUGCAGAGGCGCCUGGGCUCCGUGGCCGUCAAGCGGGAGCAGAGGGAGAACCACCUGCGGCGCUCCAUUGUGGUCAUCGACCCCGACUCGGGCCGCGAGCUGUCCCCGGGGGAGGCCCACCGGGCCGGCCUCAUCGACUGGAACAUGUUUGUGAAACUCAGGAGCCAGGAGUGCGACUGGGAGGAAAUCUCGGUCAAGGGUCCCACCGGGGAGUCCUCUGUGAUCCACGACAGGAAGUCUGGCAAGAAGUUCUCCAUCGAAGAGGCCCUGCAGAACGGAAGGCUGAGCCCUGCCCAGUAUGACCGCUACGUCAACAAGGACAUGUCCAUCCAGGAGCUGGCCGUCCUGGUGUCUGGACAGAAGUAGGCACGGCCCUGCCCUCAGCUUCCUGGAAGCAGACGCCGUCUCUCUCCUGCCCAGCAACCUCCUUGGUGUCUCCUCUCCCUGGCCCCAUGCAGAGCCCAGCACAUCCCCCCACCCCCACCCAGCCGUCAAGCUGCUCAGAGCACAGCUCACAAGGGCCAAACCAUCAUCUGACCCGGUGAGUGACCUGCUUCCUCCUCUGAUGAUUCAAACCCGUGGUGCCCAUCUCUUUUCUCCCUUUUCCCACACACUCCCAUCAGCAGACUCUGUGACACCUGGAAGCAACUGAAAACUACAAAAGCACAAGACAACAGGGGCAGACAGGCCUGCCCCAUGCAGCACUGGCCUUCGCGCCCAGCGGGGGAAACUUGAGGGCAGACAGGCCUCCCCUCCACACCUUUCCCUUCAGCAGCGCUGGCCCCCAGGGCUGCCAACCUGCGUGCACGCCCCUCUGGGAUGCUGGCUGCGCUGACUUUUCCAUCCGAGGCCUCCAGGUGAGACAGAUCUUGGCUCUACGGUGUGUGGACCUGGUGCUCGGGUGAAGCCUAACCAUCAAGCCAGACUGUCCCAAGAAAACGCGCCAUCAGAAGACUGUCCGUGGUUCUGAAAUUAACUCUCCUAGUGGGCUGUGUUGUUGUUAGUCUUAGCUUUGGUGCCUAAGUCCUGCUUACUAUCUCACUGGCGUUUGGUAGACUCCACACUCGAUUUUUCAUCAAAUGAAUUUUGGGCUCUCUAUAUCUCAUGUAUUAUGUAAGAAAAUGGCAAGCAAUAGGGAACUAUUUAUAGUGCGAAAAUAAACACCUGGUGGCUUGAUUCUAAUUUCAUGUUGUGUUUCUGCCUCUUUUGCAUGUGAGGCUUAUUCCCCAAACCCCUCCUGGCUUUCAGCCAAAAUGGAUGCACCCCACAUACCAGCUCCUAAGGGAGGAAGAACUGCCUGCAAAUAUGGUAAAAAGGAAUGAAUGAGAGACGAUGUUUUGGAAAUCUUGAAACAAUUUAUUGAGUUGCUUUAUACAAGAUUAACAAUUUCCACACCGCCCCAACACCAACAUAGUUGCUGCACAAAAGCCACAGCCCUCUCACAUCCAAGAAAUGCCCCGGCAAGGAAAGCCCUGCAGCGCUGUGGCCGCGAGCCCGCUCCGCCCGCGGACCUGCCUUGCCAUGGCUUUUUAAGUCAUUCACUCUUUCGUUACCACAAAUAAAGCAUCAACAAGGAAAAGAAACCUCAUAAACUCCCCAUCAAAGAAACGUUUCCCUGAGGCAAGAGGCAUCACUAGAUUCCUAAGGAGGAGGGUGUCCUGCUCCAGCGGCACGCUCAGUGGCACCCGGGAGGAGGGGCACGGCAGGGGAGGGCGCGGGGGCUCCCAGGGCUCAGCCUGCACGGACGGCCUCUGCGCGGCUCUGAGCUCAGCGAUACAAAUCUCUUCUUUGGCUCUUUUGCUACUACCUAAGACUAUUCUGUAAACAAACUGGAAACCCAAGUUGCAAAAAAUAUAUGUAAUAAAGGGAUAAGGAAUCCACUUA